CCAAUCGCGCUCUUGCUCCGUGCUCAGAGUGCGCCAUACAUGAGAGAGAACCCAGUGGGCGGUAGUCAGGACACCGUGCCACUCGAGUCUAGAUAGGAGCAUGCUGCUUCGAUUGCCGCCGAGCCUUCACUACCCGAUCACCGUAACGUCGCUGCUCAAACAGCCUGGCGAUGCGGUGGAACGGGAUGAGGCUCUCUUCUGGUAUAUCUACCAGACGACUGUCACUGAAGGUGAUGGGCUGGGCAAUAAGAUCGAGGUGAAGCGCAAGUUUCCGACCAAGUUUGAGUCGACCGUUGAUGGCGAGAUCGUGCAAUGGAAAGUCGCCAAGGGCGAUAUCAUUGAUGAACCGGUUGAUAUCGUCGAGAUUGACGAGCCAUGUGCUCACGAAGUCCAGUUCGGGGGUCUGUGUGCGGAGUGUGGCAAGGACAUGACUGAGUCGACGUACAACACGGAAGUGACCGAUUCGAUCCGCGCGCCGAUCCAGAUGGUCCACGACAACACGACACUCACCGUAAGCGUCGAGGAGGCUACGCGGGUGGAAGAAGAUGCGAAACGUCGACUGCUAUCGCAUCGGAAGCUGUCCCUCGUGGUGGAUCUUGACCAGACCAUUAUUCAUGCUACCGUUGACCCUACCGUAGGAGAGUGGAUGGAAGACAAGGACAAUCCCAACCAUGAAGCAUUGAGCGACGUUCGAAGGUUUCAGCUGGUGGACGAUGGACCAGGGAUGCGGGGAUGCUGGUACUAUGUCAAGUUACGACCAGGAUUAGAGGCCUUUUUGGAGAACGUCGCGGCGAUGUACGAGUUACAUAUCUACACCAUGGGUACUAGGGCGUAUGCGCAGCAUAUUGCAAGUAUCGUCGAUCCAGACAAAAGACUCUUUGGCGAUCGUAUUCUCAGCCGUGACGAGAGUGGCAGUUUGACCGCAAAGAACCUGCAUCGUCUGUUCCCCGUGGACACUAAGAUGGUAGUCAUCAUCGAUGACCGUGGGGACGUCUGGCGCUGGAGCCCCAAUCUCAUCAAGGUGUCUCCGUACGACUUUUUCGUCGGGAUCGGCGAUAUCAACUCCAGUUUCCUCCCCAAGAAGCAAGAACUGGAGCAGCUGUCCAACAAGGCCGAGGAAAAGCCACCGGUCAAGGCCCCUCCACUGCCACCACCGACCGAGCACCACGUUAAUGGUAGUACCACGAAACCGGAGCCGAACGAGGAGGUGUCAACACUAGAGCAGUUGGUAACGAUGGGUGGUGGAGACAAUCCGAGACUGCUGCAAGAGCAGAGUGACGCACAAGAAGAGACGAUCAUGCACCAAGUUGAGGACCGUCCCUUACUGCAGAAGCAGAAGGAGUUGGACGCCGAGGACGACGCGAUCUCCCAAUCGGAUAGCAGCGAGUCGUCCGCCAGCGUGGAUGAGUCCCAGGACCCCAACAAACAGCGCCAUCAUCUGCUGGUCGAUACCGACCAAGAGCUCUUCCAGUUGGAAGCACGACUCGACGACGUGCACCGGAGAUUCUUCGACGAGUACGACCAGCGGCGGACGCGCGCGCUCGGCGGACGGGUGGCGGCUCUACGGGGCGAAAAGACGCCAUUCAAGGAGAAGGACGUGGACCUGAAACUGGUCCCCGACGUGAAGGACAUCAUGCCAUACAUCAAACGCAAGAUCCUCGGUGGCGUGGUGAUGGUAUUCUCCGGCGUGCUGCCCCUGGGUACAGACACCCAAAACGCGGACAUCUCCCUCUGGUCGAAGAGUUUCGGCGCCGCAAUCUCCCAAAAGGUCAACCGGCGAACGACACAUCUCGUAGCUGGCCGCAACCGCACAGCCAAGGUGCGCGAGGCGACGCGAUAUUCGAAAAUCAAGAUCGUCUCGACGCAGUGGCUCCUAGACUCCCUCACCCAGUGGAAGCGGCUCAACGAAGAGCCGUACCUACUCCCCGUGCACCCAGACGACCGCGGCGAGCCGAUCUCACCCAGCACCAAAGACCUGGACAGUGCAUGGUUGACGUCAGACGACGAAGACACCGGCGAAUUCCUGACAGACGACGACAACGAGACGGACGAUAUCCUCCAGUCGUCGGGGCUAUCGGAGCAGUCCCCGAUCGGCUACGACGAAGACCAGCAAGCCGCCGUGCACGAAGAGCUGAAAGACUUCCUGGGUAGCGACGAUGAAAGCGAAAGCGACAGCGACGCGUCGUUCAUGGCCGAUGAAUCCAGCCAGAUUGGCAAGAAGCGCAAGCGGGAUGAUGAGACUGAGGGUGAAGGCGGUGGCGGUGACCAGGAGCUGGCGGCUGAAGAGGAUGGCGAUCAGACAGGCUCGCGGUUAUCGCAGCGGAUUAAGCGGGUCUACGAGCGCAGCACGGGGCUACGAGCCAUGGCCACCCCAGGCGGUGCCAACAACAACAACAACAACAACAACACUGCCGCACCGGAUGAGCCAAAGCCAGAAGAAAUGGUAUCCUCCCCUCCAGAGCCCGAACCAUCCAGCUCCCAGCCCCAAGAAAACAUCCCGCAACCCGACGAAGACGACGAAGACGAACUCGAGCGGGAAAUGAUGGCAGCAUUCGAGGAUAACGACGAAGACGAAGCUCGAGCCGAAGACGACGAAGAAGGAGAAGAGGAAGAAGAAGAAGAAGAAGCAGCCGAUAGUUAGGGUUUUGUUUUUUUUUUUUUGUUUCCAUUUUAACUUUGACUCUUGAAUUCUUCCUUUCUUGUUCUCUACUUGUCAUAUUUGUCACAAUUUGCUUCUUGUUUCUUCUA